AUGACGGUGCAGCCGGACACUGCGUCCCUCAUCUCCCCCGCCCCCAAGACCAAGCAGCCGCAAUACUCGACGUUCGCCAGCGUCAACGACCAAGUAGAAGAGACCAAGCAUCAGCUGCACCAUGCAACAACGUCAACUAACGUUAUCACCCCAGGCACUGCGUCCUUGUGGUCGCGCGUCUUGUUCUCGUUCGCCAACCCCAUGAUGAGCACGGGCAACACGCGCCAGCUCGACAACGACGACCUGUGGGAGCUCGACCGCGACAACCAGUCAGCUACGGUGUUCGACGAGUUCGUGAGGCACUACGAGAGCCAUGACAAGUCCAUCAUCAAGGCCAUGGCCACCACGUACGGGGGCCCCUUCCUGCUAUGCGCUCUGGCGACGCUCUUCUCCACCGCGUGCAGCGUCUUCGCUCCUGCGGUUCUGAACCACGUCGUGACUGCAUUCGCGGCCGCGACGAUCGACAUGUACGACUUGGGCCUGUGGCUCGGCGUGUUCUUCGCCUCACGUCUUGUGAACGCCAUCAUGCUGCCCCACGUGCAGUUCCACAUCGAGUUGAUCGCGCUCCGCCUGACGGUGUCGCUCAAGGGGCUGCUCUUCAGGAAGGCCAUGCGUCGCAGCAUCCAGAGCAAAGGCGACUCCAACGCCGUGGACAUCUCCAACCUCUUCUCGUCGGACGUGGACAACGUGCUCUGGGCGGCGUUCAUGAGCUACAGCGUGUGGAUCACCCCCAUCCAGAUCGUGGUUGUGGUCUUCAUGCUGUACGAAGUCAUCGGCGUCGCUGCCUUUGCCGGACUGGGGGUCAUCGUCGCCUCGAUCGUAGCGGGCUCUAUCAUCGCCAAACUCUCCGGCGACACGUUCGAAGGGGUCAUGCAGCACAAGGACAACCGCAUGAAGACCAUCAAGGAGGUCUUCAGCGCCAUUCAGAUCGUGAAAUUGAACGCGUGGGAGGACAAAUUCGCAGACAAAAUCCACAAGUUGCGCGCCACGGAGCUCUCCGCUAUCAAGAAGUACGUGUACCUUAAUGCGCUCAACAUUUUCGUGCUGUGGGGCUCUCCGUUGGUGGUCUCGGCCGUGUCGUUCGCCGUGUACGCGCUUGUGAUGGAGAAGGCGCUGACUGCUGCGAAAGUUUUCACUGCCAUCGCUCUGUUUAACGCCAUCCGUGACCCGCUGAGAGACUUGCCCACCGCCAUCCAAGCUUGCAUCCAGGCCAAGAUCUCCAUCGACCGAUUCACGGACUACCUCGCUUUGGAUGAGUUCGACCCGAACAACGUCACACGUGAUGACCCUGCGCAGCCACAAGAUGUCGCCUUGGCUAUCGAAGACGGCUCCUUUGGCUGGACGGACGAGACAGCGCUACUAACCGACGUGAAGCUCACUGUGAAGCGAGGUGACCUGGUCAUUGUGCACGGAUCGGUUGGCAGCGGCAAGUCCUCGCUGUGCUCCGCGAUACUGGGAGAGAUGAACAAAUUGGGCGGUAAAGUGUUCGUCCGAGGCAGCGUCGCCUACUACUCACAACAGACGUGGAUUCAGAACAUGACCAUCCGUGACAAUAUCCUCUUCGGACUGCCGUACGACAAGGAGAAGUACGCGCGCGUGAUCGCGGCCUGUGGUUUAGUGCCGGACCUGAAGCAGUUCCCAGGAGGUGACGAAACGGAGAUUGGUCAAAAGGGAGUCAACCUUUCAGGGGGACAGAAGGCUCGUGUCUGCCUCGCUCGAGCAUGCUACUCGGACGCCGAUACUCUGCUACUUGACUCGCCUCUCGCUGCUGUCGACGCCAUCGUGCAGAGUCAGAUCUUUGGCGACUGCAUCUGUAACUUGCUCGCGGACAAGACAGUGAUCCUGGUGACCCACGGCGCCGACAUCAUUGCGAGCAAAGCUGCGAACGUGAAGGUGCUGGUGGAAAGCGGCAAGUUGACUGCUACUCGACAUGAAGUUGCGUUACCACGCUGCUCCUACACGCUACCAGUGUCUCCUCGCUCGACAAAGGACGACGAUGAAAAAGGCAACAACAACAACAAGGACAAGGAUGCGGGUCGGCUGGUUAACGAUGAAGAACGUGAAGAAGGUCGCGUGUCCAAGGAGGUGUUCUCCAACUAUUUCAACUCGCUCGGCGGUGUCAAGGUCUGCGUCUUCCUCUUUGCGGUGCAGACGCUGUGGCAGGCUUUCCAGAUCGGAAGUGACUUGUGGCUGAGCCGCUGGACCGGACAGAAGAACGGCUCGUACAACCAAGACGAGACAGCGUACAACAUGAAGGUCUACUCGUUGCUUGGGGCCGGUGCUGCUGUCAUGGUGUUCGUCCGCUCCACAACCGUGGCGAUUGUUGGUCUCCGGGCGUCUCGCCACUUGUUUGACAACAUGACUCAAUCGCUAUUGAGGGCCCCGCUCCGCUUCUUCGACGCCAACCCCAUUGGCCGCAUUGUGAACCGGUACGGCGACGACAUGGCGGCUGUGGAUUCCAUGAUCCCUCCUGCGUUUGGAGGUUUCCUCGCCAUGUUCUUCUUCACAGUGUGUCAACUUGCGACGGCUGUGUAUACGAUGAACUUCCUCGGUGCUUUGAUCAUCCCUCUCGUGUGGAUGUACGUGAAGAUCGCCAACUUCUACCUCGCUCCGUCUCGAGAACUGUCACGCUUGUGGAAAGUGUCGUCUUCUCCGGUGCUCAGCCACGUGAGCCAGUCAGAGGAAGGGGUCGUGGUUAUUCGCGCUUUCGGUCGAGACACCAUCGAUCGAAUGAUCACCGAGAACUUCAUCCGCAACGACCUGAACAGCAGGUGCUGGCUGGCAGACACCGUCACGCAGCAGUGGUUUGGUCUUCGCAUGCAGCUUCUAGGCAGCGCUGUGAUUGUUCUCGUGGUGUCUGGAUUGGUGUAUCUGCGCGACUUCCUGUCUCCUGGUAUCGUUGGACUUGCCUUCACGUACGCGCUCAGCGUCGACACUGGUCUCGCUGAUCUGGUGCAGUCGUGGUCCUGGGUCGAGAUCCAAAUGGUCAGUCCCGAGCGCAUUCUCGAGUACGGGUCGAUCCCCGCUGAAGGAAGCAAGCGACCGCUUGUCAUUGAGCCUGAUGCUUCGUGGCCUCGUUCGUCCACCGUCCAGUUCCAGGAUGUGGUCUUCAGCUACAAGCAGGGCGGGAGCCCCGUGCUCAAGGGUUUGUCCUUUGACAUCCGCAACAACGAGAAGAUCGGCAUUGUCGGGCGUACUGGUGCAGGCAAGUCCAGCCUCACUAUGGCACUCUUCCGUAUCAAUGAGCUGGUGUCGGGAAGAAUUAUUAUUGACGGUGUGGACAUUGCAUCAAUGCCGCUGCGUACACUGCGCUCGCACCUGUCCAUCAUUCCGCAGUCGCCUGUUCUGUUCAAGGGCUCGCUGCGUGCGUACAUGGACCCUUUUGGCGAGUUCACGGACGCCGACAUUUGGAGCGCGCUGGAGAAGGUGGACAUGAAGACGCAGGUGUCGGCUCUGGAGGGGCAGUUGGCGUACGAGCUGAGCGAGAACGGCGAGAACUUCAGCGUCGGGGAGCGGCAGAUGCUGUGCAUGGCUCGCGCGCUGCUGACCCGGAGCCGCAUUGUGGUGAUGGACGAGGCCACAGCGUCCAUCGACCACGCGACCGAGAAGAAGCUGCAGGAGAUGAUCAAGAAGGAUUUCCAGAACGCGACGGUAUUGACGAUCGCUCAUCGACUGGGCACGGUGCUCGACUCGGAUCGGAUCCUGGUGCUGAGCGACGGGAAAGUGGUGGAGUUCGACAGCCCUCGCAACUUGGUGAAAGGUGGAAGCGGGGUGUUCUAUGAGUUGGCCAAAGAGGGAGGCUAUCUCGAUCAGUUGCUGUAG